AUGAAGCUCAAUGAACAUACUGCCUUAGUAGGACCAAGGGUAGUGUUAGUACCUUAUCGGCAAGAGCAUGUAAAACAGUAUAACCAAUGGAUGAAAGAUUUAGAAUUACAAACACUAACGGCUAGUGAAAGUUUAAGUCUAGAAGAAGAAUAUCAAAUGUGUCAAAGUUGGUCAAAUGAUUCAGAUAAAAGAGAUACGUCUUUACCUCUUCAACUGGAAAAUGGAAACUUGAAUCAAUCUUUUAGGUCUUCACAUUUAGGUGAUCAUCGAAUGAUUGGUGAUGUGAAUUUGUUUCUAUCUAACACAUCUCCUUCUCUUGAUGAGAAUGAGAAUGAGAAUGAAGAAGAAGAGAAAUCGAUAGGUGAAUUAGAAAUCAUGAUCGCUUCUAAAGCUCAUAGAAGAAUCGGUUUAGGUAUAGAAGUCAUGAAGAUCUUUAUGCAUUAUUCUCAUUUGAGUAUCUUACCUCAAAUUGAUUUUUAUCUCGUCAAGAUUGCUUUAAACAAUCAAUCAAGUAUAAAUCUUUUCAAAAAACUUGGGUUUAAUGAAUUCAAGAUCAAUGAUUAUUUUCAAGAAGUCGAACUAAGAUUCAAAUUCAAUUCAUCAUCUCAUCUUAACUUGACACUUUCAAAGGAUCCAAUUCAUCAAUAUAACAUUUCAUGGACUACAACCAAAAAGAUCACUUCAGAUGACCAAGGUAGUAAUUUGGUUCAAUUUUGGAUCCUUCCAUGGCCUUAG